CACGGGCUCUGUGGAUUGUUUGGACUAGACACGCUAUAAAAAUGCCGUACUGCUCGACUAUAUUUUUAAUCGCGCACUAUCGACACCCCAGUAUGUGGAAGCUCCCGCUUUUUAUUGGCCUGCUUUGCAGCAUAUGCCUGUCGACUCAAGCUACACCGUCAGACUGUUCUGACAACUGCCUUUUGCGAUUCCGUUGCAAUCCGUACUACAAGGACUAUGUGUGGAGCAUUGUGGACGAGAAGUGUCGUGUAUUCCAGAAUGGCUGCAUCUUUGCCUCCGAAAAUUGCACACGUGUGAACCGCUGCCUGCCUGAAAUGGUGGCCACCACCCAGGAACAAUGUCAGGAGCGUUGCAGUGACAUCUGUACGUUCAUAUAUCAGCCAGUGUGUGCCGCAUUCCCUUAUACGAAUGAUACUGAAGGCAGCUCUGAUAUUCGCUACCGCACUUUUUCAAACCGCUGCGUAUUGGACAGCUAUGCAUGUAAAAGGGGACACGCUUAUGUGGGAGAACCUCAAGCUGGCGCCUGCAAUGCAACUACUGUUUGAUGUCAUUUAAAAUCUACUUUUCAUGCCUAGACUAAGCCUUCAUUGAAUUUAUUUUUAAUUAAAUAUUCAGACUAAUAUUAAUGCUCUGCAAAAAUGAAAACUAAA